UCUUAAAAAGUCAACAAGUGCAAACAUCAAAUUAAAAAAAAAAGGUUUCUUCAUCACUCGACAACUUGGGAGUAGUUCACCAUCUUCCACAAAUACAAUCUCAAUGCCUCUUCUACUAUUAUCUCGUCGUGUCCUCAUCUUCUCCACCAUCAUCCCCUUCCUCGCCUCCAUUGCACUCUACCGACUCGACACUUUCGACCCAGCUCUGCUUCCUUCCUAUGCAUUAGACUACUCUUCCACCACUCUCCCUCCGCUUGUCAACGAUAAAUUGCUAACCGGAGCCGAGUUAAUCGGUGUUGAUCUUCUCAACAGACCCGAGGACAUCGCCUACCACCGAGCAUCAAACCUCAUUUAUACUGGUUGUGUAGAUGGAUGGGUGAAACGAGUCAAUGUGGCCGACUCAGUCGUCGAGGACUGGGUCAACACCGGAGGUAGACCACUCGGCGUCGCUUUUGGACUUCACGGCGAAGUCAUUGUCGCAGACGCGUACAAGGGGCUGUUGAAUAUAAGCAUUGACGGGAAGAAGACGGAGCUGUUGACGGACGAAGCUGACGGCGUUAAAUUCAAACUCACUGACGGAGUCGCCGUUGCAGAUAACGGCGUUUUGUAUUUCACAGACGCUUCGUACAGAUACGACCUGCGUCAGUUCGCUUUUGACAUUCUGGAAGGCAAGCCACAUGGCAGACUCAUGAGCUUUGACCCGAUCACUCGAACUACACGUGUCCUUUUGAAAGACCUUUACUUCGCUAACGGCGUCUCUAUGUCUCCCGACCAAACACAUCUCGUCUUCUGCGAAACACCAAUGAGAAGAUGCAGCAAGUAUUAUAUCAACGAGGAGCGGGUUGAUGUGUUUAUUCAAGGGUUACCCGGUUAUCCUGAUAACAUCCGGUACGAUGGAGAAGGACAUUACUGGAUCGCGAUGCCUUCGGGAGUAACAGUGCUGUGGAAGCUUGCGUUUAGAUACCCUUUCUUGAGGAAACUCACAGGCAUAGCGGCUAAGUACGGCUUCUUGGAACCCAUGAUUUUUAUGAAGAAUGCCGGCAUUUUGAAGGUGGAUCUGGAUGGGAAGCCUAUAGCAUUGUACCAUGAUCAUAAGCAUUCUCACAUGACCACUGGGGUCAAGAUUGGGAGAUACCUUUAUUGUGGGAGUCUUUUGCAUUCACACAUAGUUCGGCUCGAUCUUCUGAAAUACCCUGCACAAAAGAGGCUUUGAGCUUCACUGCCAGACAAUGUAAACCCGUGUCCAUGAAAAUGAUAAAUGGCUUCGAAUUGGUGACACUUUUUUUUUUGUAACAAACUUGGCUACACUUUGAACAUCAAGUUUAUUCAAUAUAUAAGAAGUGCAUGUA